AUGGAUCCCAGUAUUAGGGAAUUCAUUUCAGUCAGUGUGUUUGAUGCCUCCAUGAGACUGUUUUCCGACAUUUACAGCUGUCUGCGGCGGCGAGUGAGGGCCAAAAACGGAGAAGACGCCGUGGACGACGGCACUGAAGAAUCUUCCAACUUGUUUUUCCAUCUCCAGAAUCUGCAAAUUGCCACCAAUUUCUUCUCCGAAAUGAACCGGCUGGGUCACGGUGGCUUUGGGCCCGUCUACAAGGGAUUGAUGCCAAAUGGUCAAGAAGUAGCUGUGAAGAAGCUGUCCUUGAAUUCUACACAAGGGCUGAAAGAAUUCACGAAUGAGAUGCUUGUUUAUGAGUAUUUGCCUAACAAGAGUCUCGACUACUUCCUUUUUGAUAAAAAGAAGUCCCAGCUUCUGGAUUGGAAGAAACGAUACAAAAUAAUUAAUGGUAUUGCAAGAGGCCUUCUCUAUCUGCAUGAAGGAGCGCCUGAAAGGAUAAUUCAUAGAGACAUUAAAGCUAGUAAUAUACUACUAGAUGAGCAGCUGAAUCCAAAAAUCUCGGAUUUUGGUAUCGCGAGGUUAUUUCCCGGGGACGACACACAUUUAAACACGUUAAAGAUUUCCGGCACUCUUGGUUAUAUGGCUCCUGAGUAUGCAAUUCGUGGAUAUUUGUCUGUGAAGACAGAUGUCUUUAGUUUCGGCAUUUUGGUCUUGGAAAUUGUCAGUGGAAGAAAAAAUCGUGACGGGUUGCUUGAUGCUGAAAAGGCCGACCUCUUAAAUUAUACAUGGACACUUUUCAAGGCGGGGAAGUUAGAGGAACUAUUUAUAGGAAGCCUCGAUAAGUACAAUCCCGACGAAGCUGCAAUGUGCAUUCAAUUAGGAUUGUUAUGCUGUCAAGCUAGUAUUGCAGAUAGGCCAGAUAUGAACUCUGUUCAUCUCAUGCUAUCAAGCGAUUCGUUCACUUUGCCUAGACCUGGGAAGCCUGGGAUCUAUGGCUGUGUAAGCAGGUACACUACUACGACAUCUGCCCCUUGUACUAACACUACGAACGGUAGCACCAACCAAACUGGCAUUACUAAGGCCUCCAUAGGUAGUAGUUUUGUUGAGGAUUACUCUAGAAAUUCGAUCUCUCAUUCAUCAAUGGAGGAAGGUAGAUGA